GAUAUUAUGGUGUGGUUUCCUUAAUAUUUCGGCAAUUUUAUAAAACUGUGAUACUACUAAUAACUUAAAAACCUAAAUAUUUUAACUUCAUACUACUUUUUCUCAGUUCAUCUCUAGAUUUUCGGUCUCAACAUCUAAAAUUUUGAACAUGUUAGAAUGACUCGUUUGUGUUUUCUUAGAUGUUUACUUGAUUCGCAUGCUCCUAUUAAUUUACCGCAUAACGUUGAAAUACUUGUAGGGCGUAGUAAACUCACAAAAAUUAAAGACCAAUCUUGUUCACGUCACCAACUAAGCCUCAAAGCUAAUUGUGAUGACUGCAUCGUUGAGGUUAAGCAAAUCGGAAUAAACCCAUCUGGCUUAGAUGGUUUUUCUUUAAAACAAAAUUGCUUGUACAAAGUUGGCCAUGAAAGUAGAAUUGAAAUUUUAUUAAACAAUCAUAUUCAUUUAAUAGAAUUCCAACCGCCACCUGAUAAUUUUAGUCCAAUUAAAAGAAAUAAGAGAAAAAUAGAGGAUGAGGAGAUUACUGUAAAAAAGAAAAAAUGUAGUAAAACACCUGAUAAAGAGAGUGUUUUAAGCAUAAAAGAAGCCAUGGAGGAUACAUGGGAGUCUGUUGAUGAAGGUGAAUUGUACAUUUAUACAGCAAAAGGUGUAAAAUCCAGUAAGAAAAUAGCUGCAUUUGAUAUGGAUGGCACUUUGAUUAAAACUAAAUCAGGGAAAGUACAUCCUGUUGAUACAAAUGACUGGCAGCUAGCAUUUCCUAUUGUUCCAACAAAACUAAAAGAAAAACUAGACAUUGGUUACAAAGUUGUAAUUCUAAGCAAUCAAGCUCCAAUAGGAAAAGGCAGAGUAAAGAUUGAGGAUUUUAAGAAAAAAAUUGAAAACUUAGUCAUUAAAAUAAACAUUCCUAUACAAGUAUUUAUUGCGACUGGUAGAGGAUUUUAUCGGAAACCAACACCAGGAAUGUGGCAAACACUCAUUGAAAAGAAAAAUGAUGGCUUAUCAGUAGAUAUGGACUCCUGUUUCUAUUGUGGGGAUGCAGCAGGAAGAGUGGCGAAUUGGGCGCCGGGUAAAAAGAAAGAUCACUCUAUGGCAGAUAAGUUGUUAGCGGAAAAUCUUGGACUCAAAUUUUAUACUCCGGAACAAUUCUUCCUCGGACAUUCAGUAGCUAAUGUACAGAUGGCCAAGCCAGAGUUUAUACCCAAUGAAGUUGUUACAGAACCCUUUAAUGAUAACCUUAUUAGUGAUGAUAAAGAGAUUCUUGUAUUAGUAGGAUAUCCCGGGAGUGGAAAAUCUUUCCUUGCAAAGCAAAUAGAAAAGAAGUCAUCAAAUCAAUAUGCAGCGGUAUGCAGAGAUGUGCUGGGAUCUUGGCAGAAAUGUGCUGCUGAAGCAAGCAGGUUGUUGCAGCAAGGCAAAAGUGUUAUAGUAGACAGCACAAAUCCUGAUAUAGAAUCUCGUUCCCGCUGGACAUCUCUUGCCAAAGAUAUGAGAGUGGUGUGCCGCUGUGUGAGGAUGGCCACAACCAAAGCGCAUGCACAACACAACAAUAAGUUCAGAGAGCUUAUGAAGACUAAUCAUAUGCCUGUUAAUGAUAUUGUCUUUAAUACAUACAAAAAUAAAUACCAAGAACCAACAACUAAGGAAGGCUUCAAAGAGGUAAUUGAAGUUAAAUUCAAUCCUAAUUUCGAUGAUGAGAAAACUGAAAAAUUAUAUAAAAUGUAUCUCCUAGAGAAAUAAAAUCAUGAAAUGUAUUAAAACUUUGUAAACGUUGA